UACUGGUCCAAUCGCGUGGGAGGUUACUGGAGGGGGCUUUCGGUCUUUAAUGUGCGUUUAGGCAGGAGGAUCGUAUCGGAGAGACCGUGGAUGGGGGCCAGCGGUAGCACCAGGCGUGUGUCUUUCGGCAAAGACGAUCAGGAACGAGUGACAGUUUUGCAGGGAAUGAGGCUGUCUGAAAACCUUGUCUCAAGAAUGAAGGAUCUGCCCCAAUCAAAGUCAAAGCCAUCACACUGCAUCUCUGGAGGACCCGAUUACCAAGGGGGUGAUAACAUGACACUGAAACAUUCUGGAACUGAAGAGGAGAUGUACAAGAGGUAUGAAAAAGAGGCAUUGGCAAAAGAAGAGAAACCCAAGCUUGCUCCACAAGAACAAGUGGUUGCCAUUGCUGACCUCAAAGAGCAAGUAAUCUCAACUGAGGAGCAGAAGAACAUUAAACAGCUUACCAGCCAACUGGAAAAGAAGGAAGCAGAUCUUCAGAGACUUGAAGUGUUUUAUAAAGAACAGUUGGACCUAAUAGAACAGAAGCAUGACGACUACUAUCAGCUUGCGUCAGCACAGUUCAAUGAAGCGGCAUCAAUAGCAGAAGUCCGUGUUAAGUCAAGAAGCUAUGAGCCUCUCUGUGCAAAUCUGCAAUCCCAGAUCCUUAAUUGUUAUCAAGAAAAUCCACAACUGACCUUAAAGUGCUCUGCCUUCGCCAAGGAAUACCGCCAUUGCAUCAGAGAGGCACAAAAGGUGCCCCUUCCUACACCCUUGCCUCUGCCACCUUCACAGUGGCCCGGUACGACAAUCGCUCAGUCCGGGACUGUAAGAAACGACAGAAGGUGAUGUGCACAGUGAUAAUGGGAACUGCAGAUGCUGGAGAAUCCAAGAUAACAAGGUGUGAAGCUGGAUGAACACAGCAGGCCAAGCAGCAUCUCAGGAGCAGAAAAGCUGACUUUUCGGGCCUAGACCCUCCAUCAGAGAGGUGUCAGAGAGUGAUGUGCACAGCCCAGUCAAUCACGGAAGCCAAUCUCCCAUCCAUGGACUCCAUUUACACUUCUUGUUGCAGCGAAAAAGCUGCCAACAUCAUCAACGACUCCGCCCACCCCAGUCAUGACUCCUACAACCUCUUCCAUCAGGCAGAAAAUACAGAAGCCUGAACAUGUGCACCAGCAGGUUCAAGCACAGUUUCAUCCCUGUUGUUAUUAGACUG